AUGGCGGGAGAGCCCUCGAAGCGUGAUCAGAACUUUUAUUGUCAAUACCACCAGGACCAUGGCCACACUAUAGAGAACUGCAAGAACCUCUGGAACCACCUAGACCAGCUAAUCCAAGAGGGGAGGCUAAAGCACCUUCUGCAUCAUUCCAGUGGUCACCAAGGCCAUCAAGAGGCCAGGAGGGAUGCUGUCCUAAGGCCACCCGUAGGAACGAUCAGCGUAACCGUGGCCGCGCUAGGAAGAGCAGGCACGUGCCCUGCACGAGUGUUAUCGGUGACUCAACUGCUUGCCGAGGAAUUCCAACCAGGGCCGAAGAGGGCCAGGAUGAGUUUUCGUCCCGCUAUAAGCUUUUCAGAGGAAGAUAAGAUCGGGACCAUCCAGCCCCACGACGAUGCACUGCUGAUCGCUCUCCGAAUCGGGGACUACGACGUAAAAAGAGUAAUGGUGGAUGGCGGCAGCGCGGCUGAGGUUAUGUACCCCGACCUAUACAAGGGGCUAGGGUUAAAGCCGGAGGACUUGAUGCCUUACAACUCCCCUCUGAUGAGCUUCGACGGGAAGCUUGUCAUUCCAAAGGGCAUGAUUAGGCUGCCCAUCCAAACCGGCACGGAAAUAGUGGAGGUGAACUUCAUCGUGGUGGACACCUACUCUCCCUAUACAGCCAUUGUCGGUAGGCCCUGA